AAGGCGCCUCAGUCGACCGCCACCCUUCGGGACCGACGGUUCUCCGGUGUUCCGCCGUUCACCAUCUCGCCGCAGUUGGGAAGGGAGUGAGAGAGCCCACCUGCCGGAGUGUUUAUUCACCGUUCCACCAGGCUUGGAGGUUUGCCGAGAGUUCCCGAGAGUGAGAGAUAUCCCGGAGCGCUCUUGGUAAAGUGCGUGACCCGCGUCGGUCGGUGCGUGAGGGCGAACCGCGAGCGGGAGGGUGGACGCAAGGGUCGCGUGCCUGCGCGUUGGGGGUGCAGCAUUGGGUCACUCGGUCCCUCGCAAGUGCAAGUUACCAUGCGCCACCACCGAGUUUGAGCCAACCCACGUCGUGACGAACGCUCAGCUCCGAGGCAAUCCCGCAUCUGAAGCAAUUGCGAGAUACUUUUGAUUCGCAGCGAUGAACGGACCAGUUUAUGCGUCAUCUUGCCCCGCAUUGCAGUCGAAUUUGUCGCUGCACAGCUCGUCCUAUUAUAGCGAAUAUAGCGGCACCGCGCGAAGGCGAUUAUCGUCGACGGGCGAGGCGGACACUUCCGCGACAUCCAGCUAUGAGGGUAGCGACAGCUCCGAAAACAGCGAUGAGUCCCGUCUGGAUCCGGUCAGCCAGAUGGAACGAGAACAACUCGAGACCUUCUUUCGCGGAUUAAAGUCGCAGGUGUUCGUUUGUGAAUCACUGGCGAACUUGUAUCUCGGUAGCACCUCUCAGGCAGAAAGGUGGGAGCUCCGUUUCACCGGAAUACCCGUCGUGGUUCUUGAUCUUGGAGAGACGCGAUCAAGAUCCAAGAGACGGAUCCAGAUCCUGCUAGCAGAACGUGGCACUUGUUUCACUCUAUGGCGCGAAACCAUCGACAAUCUCUCCUCGUACAAGGUGUCAGGUCCAGCCUUUCACACGAUGUGUCUCUCGUCGGACCACACUCGCCUAGCUGGACUCAGCUUCGACAACUCGAAAGCGGCGAACGAUCUAUGGCAGCACAUCGAGCGCCUCGUGUCCUGCCCGGAGAACAUCAGCCUAUCGGUGCCAGGCAAGAAGAAGAAGAAACCGGUGCAGAAGAAGGUGGUGCUGCCGGCUAAGAGCAACAUUAGCCAACCGUGUCAAUUCCAACACGUCACCAGCGUGGAUGUGGCCGAUCGUUCGCGAUACUUUUCGCUGCAGACGCUGGUGCCAGCCUUAAGCGAGCUGGAGAACUCGCUGGAAGCGAACUUCUGAGACAAGCCCGACGCCUCCGCGAAGCUCUCAUAGGGCCGACGCAGCGCGACGCCCGACCCCCGCGUCCUUCUCCGGAAGUGAUCCCUUCUGCGAAAAAAGGAAAAAUUCGGACGCGGGAGGACAGAGACGAAGCGAGAUUUCGAGGAUCCUUCGAGGACUUCUCGAGGACUCGCUUCCGGGCGUCGCGAUCAUGGACGCGAUCUUAGAAACGAGGGCGAUUGACGGCAAGCGGCUACGACAGCGCGGCUCUGAGAAUUUCUUUAUCAUCUUGCUCCUCCCUUCAUCCCCCGAAGUAGCACCACUUCGUGAAGAAGUGUUGGAAGGUCCGACUCUGAGACAGGGAGGAGAUAUAUCGACGAAGCUUUAACGAUUUAACGACGAGGAGAAGGCGGACACCAUUCUCGAAGGACCUUUGUGGCUCUCGUAGUUUUAGUCAGAUUCACCCUUAUCUUUGUGUGUCUUCUUCCGAAUAUAAUCAUCUACCUAGAUAAGAAUUUAAUGAGGAUAAGAAUUGAGCGAGGAUAUUUUGGCGCGCCGAGAAUCCCGAUUUCACGUUUGUUCUCGCGUAUCAAUAUCGGAUCGCGAGACGAGGAUCGGUGAGCUCGAAGGAUCACGAAGAGAGAAAGAAGCGCGACACAAUGACGGCGAUCACAGGGAUGGACGAGGGAGACGUGUCUCACUUGGAGAACGGACUAAUCCGUUAGUGUCACGGGCGUGAAUUGCGGGAUCGUUCGUGGGCCAAGGUGGGACAUUCAUCAAUCCUGAUCAUUUGAGCGCUCUCGAGAGCGACUGCGAUUGAUGUCCGCGGCUGCGAGGUCUGACCGCAGCCCCGGGCGAAACAGAAAGUUCCCCCGAGGCGACCGUUUGAAUCACAUCGUCGUGUUCCUUUCUCUCUUCUUCUCCUUCGUCGUAACCAUCGGUGUCGCGAGAUUUAUUGUAGACGUGAGAAAAGGCGAAACUGCGUCGUAGCGUACGUUGUGUAUUGACAAACGAUUUAUUCACGAUCCUUUCACGAUUCGUACUCGUUCCCGUGAGACGCGGACGCUCUCCGAUCAUUUAGUUAUCGUCAUUAUACCGCGUGAACAUUUCGUUGAAUUUUCAAUCUCUGCACAGGACGGACGAAGAAAUCGAUCCGGAUGCAAAUGGAAAAGUAAUGGCAUGAAUGAUGGAAGAGAAGUGGAGAUACAGAGUUUGACGCAUCGGCGAUGAUUUUUCGAUUCAGUCGCACAUCGUUUCAAAACGCAUUUGCCAGCCGCGUUUCUUCCGAAAUAGAAAAAUUUUUGUUUAUCCCUUUAUCUCGCGUGUGCGACGUGGCUUCACGCGCAUCCAUUUUAAACGGUCCCCGGGGAUCCCGAGCAGGACUUUGACUGUUGACUGUUCCGUCGCGCUUUGCAAUUCGAAUCGGCCGAUGUAGCGCUAGAAAAAGAACGAGCGCUUUUGCAACAGAAUGUCAGAGAACGCGAAACCUUGACACGAAAUCGAGACAGCAGAGCAUGUAGUUGGAAAGAAUCGUGCAGGUGUAUGCGGAACGUACUUCCGGGCAGUGAAUCGCGCGUUGACUGUAAACAUCGUCGCGUUUCGCUGUGAAGAGAAGGCUCUCUCCCUGACGAGUAAGAGAAACGUUAUUCUUCUUUACAGCUUGUAAUUAACGGCACACGCCGCCACGGCGAGAAUUGCAUCGAAGAGUCUUUUCGCGCGUUAUGCACUGUGAAUAAUUACGACGGAACCGUCUCUCUCUCUUUACGACGAAACUAAGUUUAACGCUUUCCCGGCUGCACUUAUCGUAAAAUGUCAAUAAUUUCAGACAGGGAAGUACUUAAAGUCCAAGUGGCGAUUAUCUGUAAUUGAAGAAAAAAUCUGGCUGCUUUUUAUCGUUGUUGCUCGGAGAAAGGAAUAGGAUUGUUGUUGAUUCUGCAUAUCUUAAAAAAUAUCUUAGAAAAAUUUUAAGGGGAAUCACAAUUCUUCUCUAAAAUAGAAGUAAAGCGAUUCACUGACAUGUCGAUUGUGGAAUCGUAGUUGUAAGCACGUAAGAUGGACGACGGAUCACGCAGAAGUCGAUGAAAUUUAUCUAGUACUGCCAAAGUACUGCCGAACCGUUUAUGCGAAAUAAAUUAAUUACGAGCGGCGGCCGCGUAAGGUACUGAAAACAGAUAUUGUGCCAAAAUAUGCAUCUGAACAAGCGAGGAAUUAAUUAAUGAAGAAGGAUCGAGCUUCCAUAUGAAAUAAGGCCGUGAAAAAUGAGUCUCCACUGUAAUGAAGAUUAUUAAAACAAAUUCGCGGCAGCGUUGUUUCCAGUACGGCCGUAACGCUCAUAUAAUUGCAUUGCGAUGUUGAAUAGAUUAUCAAUUAGAUAGAAUUAGUCGGAAAUUUGUCGUGUCUAUGCAUAACGUGUCUAUGUAUAACGAAUUCCACUGCCGUUUCGAGUCGUUAAUCGUGUCCGUAGCCUUCGGUAGAGAUUCUCGAUCUUGUUGUUUGACGGAACGUGUUCACUCGGUAAAAUAUUAAAGUAUUCCACCCAUUGUCAAUCUGUUCCAAGUGAAAUAAUACCAAAGAGCUGACUUUCAAGUAGAGAUUUCUUUCCGGAUUAACUGGAGCGUUCCACACGUCAAUAAAAAUAUUAUUUUUGCAAGAAUAAUUUCACGAUUCCACAUUUUGAUCGUAACUUUUUACAGAAAAAUACAGGUAUCGUAUGUAUUCUAGUAUGAGCAGUUGUAUUUUCUUCAAUUUAUAUAAAGUUGAUAUUUUCUAAACAUCCGUAUAAAAAUUAUCAAUCUUACGUGUUAUUUCACUUGGACGUGAUCUCAUAAUUGAAAACGAAGAUGAUCAUUGCUGUGCUUGUGGCAGACUCGGGAAAGUCGCGCGCGAGAAUGUCGCUUUGCGACAUUCGUAGGAAGACUGGUUUCACCAUCCCACGUAUAUGUAGACACAGUUAACAAUAGGUAUCUAUAUGUAAUAAUAACGAUCAUUAGAGCGACUCGACUUUAUCCUUUAGAAUAAUCUGCGCGACUCGUUCGGCGUUCUCUUAGUAUCAUCAUCAUUAUUUUCAUCAUCAUCAUCAUCGUCGUCGUCGUCGUCGUUCGCGUCGCUUCGAGACUUCCGUUUCGCCGAGCGGAGAAACGCGCGGACGGAAGCGUUAUCCGCUUUAUAUCCACGCGAAUCAAACCUCUAGCGAUUAAGAUUAAUUAGCGUGUCGGUAUCACUAAGUUAGUGGCCUGUCCGGGAAAUUUUUUAUAAGUACUAUCCGAAAAACGGACGUAAUGCUUUUUACAGGAUUUAUACGCACACUUUGGUCACGCGAGUCGUAGGUUACUUUCAGGAGGAAACCCGGGCGCUUAUUCUAGGCACUUAAGUAGAUAACGUAACUUCGGAUUAAUAUUAAUUUCAUUAUCUACGACUGUGAUAUAAAUAUAUGUAUUUGUAUCGUUACGUUUCCGUAACAUGUACCCGCAUUAAUCAAUCACUUGGAGACAUAAGUUUACGAAUAUAUCGUAUGUAAUAAUAAUUAUUGUGCUAAUAAAGAGUAACUUCAUGAGACAAA